AUGAUAUAUCUCAUUCCGAUUUGGUUCCAGGCCAUCAAAUCAGCAUCACCUACGCAGUCUGGGGUUAUGUCCAUCGCCCUACUCCUAUCAAUGGUGGUCUUCCUGAUGAUUUGUGGGGUUGUCAUUACUUUCUGCGGCAGAUAUACCCAGUUUUUCUAUGUAUCUUGCAUUCUAUCCAGCGUUGGCGCUGGCCUGCUCUCUACACUUACUACGACAUCGGGUCCUCCCGAAUGGAUAGGAUAUCAAGUUGUCUACGGCCUGGGUAUUGGCGCAGGUUUUCAGCUCCCUAUUAUUGCGGCCCAGGUGGUCUUGCCUCUCGCUGAUGUGCCUAUCGGUACUUCUCUGAUGGUAUUUUUCCUCUCUCUGGGAGGCGCGAUGUUUACCUCAGUAAGCCAAAAUGUCUUUAUCAACGAGCUCGUUCAAGGUGUCGAACAGGUAACUCAUCACGUUCCAACGUCAUCCAUCGUGAAAAGUGGCGCUACAGAGCUACUCUCCACCAUUCCUCCAGAUAUCGCUGAGCUUGUACGACCAGUGUACAAUACAGCCCUCACAAGAGCAUGGUACGUUGCUACAGCACUCUCAGCAUUAUCCAUUCUAGGAGCUUUGGGUUCUGGCGCUGGAGGAGUGGCUGUGGCUGCUCGCUUAGCCAAGAAUGGUGUCCGUGUAACUGUUUUAGAAAAGAACAGUUAUACAGGCGGUCGGUGUUCCAUUGUUGAAGAUGAAGAUUAUAGAUUUGAUCAAGGACCAUCGCUUCUUCUUAUGCCGGAGUUCUUUGCUGAGAUCUUUCAAGAUCUAGAAACCACAAUGGAAAGAGAAGGAGUCCAGCUUUUAAGAUGUGACCCCAACUACCGAAUAUGGUUUCCAGACCGUCAAAGCAUAGAUAUAUCCUCCAACAUGAAUCAAAUGAACCAGGAAAUACAAAGGUUUGAGGGUAAGCAAGGCUUCAGUGCCUUCUUAAACUUUUUAAAUGAGGCUGGUGAGCAUUAUAACCUAUCCUGUACUCAUGUCCUAGGCCGAAAUUUCACUAGCCUCUGUAGUAUGCUUCGGCCCGGAUUACUCUUCUCGCUUUGGCGGCUGCAUCCUUUUGAGAGCAUGUAUAGCCGUAUAAGCCGGUACUUCCGCUCAGAGAAGCUCAGACAAGCCUUCACAUUUGCAAGCAUGUAUGUUGGAAUGAGCCCAUUUGACGCUCCUGGGACAUUCUCCCUGCUGCAGUACACGGAGCUUGCACAUGGAAUCUGGUAUCCAGUUGGUGGUCUACAUGCAGUCCUAGACGCCCUGGUAAAAAUUGGAAAACGACUUGGGGUGGAGUACAGACUCAAUUGCCCUGUGACAUCCGUCAAACUCUCAGAUGAUGGUCAUAUGGCAACAGGCGUGUGCCUUGCGUCGGGUGAGACUCUGGACGCAGACCUGGUUAUUGUAAAUGCAGACCUUACAUAUGCCUACAAUAACCUUCUGCCAGGAAGCACAUAUGGUACUAGUCUGCAAAAACGGGAUACCUCCUGCAGCUGCAUUUCAUUCUUCUGGUCAUUCAGCACUACCAUCCCUGAGCUCCAAUCCCACAAUGUGUUCCUCGCUCAGGAGUACCGAGAAAGCUUUGAUAGAAUUUUCAAGGAAAAUAAAGUCCCUCUAGAGCCCUCCUUUUAUGUCCAUGUCCCAAGUCGUCUCGACAAGACGGCUGCCCCAGAAGGCAAAGAUGCAGUCGUGGUUCUCGUACCGGUUGGACAUCUUCCACAGGGCACAAAUAAUGAGGAAACAGAUGAACGCAAUAUGAGAAUGGUAGACUACUUGGAAAAGACAGUCUCAAAACUGAGAGAACAAGUCCUUGACAUUAUAGAGGAGAGGACCGGUGCUUCCAAUCUACGGAAGAAGCUUCUUAGCGAGAAGGUGGACACGCCGUUGAGCUGGGAAAGCAAGUACAACCUCGAUCGUGGCUCUAUCCUAGGACUUUCGCAUUCAUUCUUCAAUGUCCUCAGCUUCCGGCCCAAAACACGCCAUAGUUCAAUUGAGCGGCUGUUCUUCGUCGGCGCAAGCACACAUCCCGGCACGGGGGUUCCAAUAUGUCUAGCCAGCAGCAAGAUCGUGGCUGAACAGGCCCUACGUUCGAUAGAUGCUAAACGGAAGAGGGAUGUUGAAAAGCGUCCAGUUCACGUCCUCCUUUUCGGAUUUACCUUGGCUAUAUCUGUUACUCUCGCUCUGGCACCCGUUUCGGACUACUGUCAGUUUGUUGCAGAUAGCGUACAGCUACAUUUCAAAAGCGCGGAAUAUGUACUCACUCCUGCUGAUUAA